AUGAUUAAUCCUAACAGAAAAUAAACUCCAGGAAAUCAAUUUUACUAAUGUUUUCUGAACGCCAUAAACCUAGAAAUGCUUCCUUAGCAAUAUAAUAAGAAAAAUAUAGUAAAAAUUAAGUCCUACUCCAUAAAAAAGAAGCCAAGUCUCGCUAUUUAACACCAAAAAAAUAAAAUCAAUCGUUUUAGGAUAGAAUAUUAGAUCUCCCAAUAAUAUCUUCAAGUCGAAAAAAUCAACUCUAUGUUACCUAAAUAUUUACUGGAAUAGAUGACCAUUAAAAAAAUCCCAACAUCUAAAACAGGGACUUAAAAUUUGAUUCCCUUUUGUGUGGUACUCUAAGAUAAUUCAGUUUAACUAAAGAAUAAAAGCUAUUUAAUAAAUCAUUUAGUGUAAAAGAAUAAUAAGAAUAGAUUGAGACAUUUAAAUAAAAACCUCCAAUUUAGGUUACAAAAAAGAUAAGGCAAAGAUAAAAGAAAUUGA